AUGCCAUUGUUCGAUCUAUUUAAGAGAGAAGAGUUUGGAAGUCGGUUCUUCCUCUUUUGUCUUUGCUGUGAGCUCGACGAAAGUCUAGCUUUGUCGUUAUCACCCACCCUCCCACCACCAGGAGGAGUAGUAUG